AUGGUCCAGAUCAAGCGUGCCCAGGAGACCGGGGCGGCGGACCCCAUCUUGACCCGCAUCUCGGAGGAGGACAAGGUGCCGUGGUACCAGAAGCCGAACCUGCGAUACCUCUAUCUGAUGCUCUUCCCGACGUGCAUGGGUAUCGAGUUGACGUCCGGUUUCGAUUCGCAAAUGAUUAAUGCGCUGCAAAUUGUGCCAUCCUGGAAAGACUACUUUGGAGAUCCGCAGGGUAGUUUGAAGGGCAUCAUCGCCGCUGCGUAUUCCCUCGGCGCCAUUCUGUCUCUUCCCUUUAUCCCCAUCGUGAACGACAGGUUUGGACGAAGGUGGUCCAUCUUUGGCGGCAGCUUGGUCAUGGUUGUUGGAGCUCUCAUCCAGGGAUUCUCUCAGCAUGUUGGCAUGUACAUCGUUGCCCGCAUGAUUCUUGGCUUUGGUAUCCCAACAUGUAUCGUCUCCGGAUCGUCUCUCAUUGGUGAAUUGAGUUAUCCUAAGGAACGUCCUGUUCUGACCUCUCUCUUCAACGUCGCGUACUUCGUUGGCCAAAUCGUGGCCGCCGGUAUCUGCUUCGGUACCAACAACAUCGCAAGCAACUGGGCGUGGAGAAUUCCCUCCCUCCUUCAAAUCUGCCCUUCUCUUUUGCAAAUCACAUUUGUCUUCUUCCUCCCGGAGAGUCCACGAUGGCUCAUCACCAGAGACCGUAGCGAAGAAGCCCACGACAUCCUCAUCAAGUACCACGCCGAGGGCAACCGCGAUUCCGAGUUCGUCAAGGCCGAGAUGGCGCAGAUGAAGACCGUCAUCACCCUCGAGAUGGAAGCUUCCAAGCAGUCAUGGAUGGACCUUCUCAACACGGCCGGUAUGCGCCGCCGUGCCCUCAUCUCUUCCAUGCUCGGUCUCUUUACUCAGUGGUCCGGCAACACGCUCAUCUCAUACUACUUGGGUGACCUGCUCCAGAUGAUCGGCUUGACCGACUCCACUGUCAAGCAAAAGAUCAACCUCGGCAUCGCCGGCUGGUCCCUCGUCUGCGGCUUCACCGUAGCCAUGCUCGUGCGAACCUUCCGCCGUCGCGUUAUGUACCUAGCUUGCACAAUCUCACUGUCUCCUCAGCUCCUCUGCUACAUCAGCUGGACAAUCUCAAUGGAACGCGCCGUCCACGCCCUCGAUAAUGACUACAAGAACCAGUCCGCCUCCGUCGCGACAAUCUUCUUCAUCUUCAUGUACUCGCCCUGCUACAACAUCGGCUACAACGCCCUAACGUACACUUACCUCGUCGAGCUGUGGCCCUACGCCCUGCGAUCGCGCGGUAUCUCGCUUUUCCAGCUCUUUGGCAGGCUGGCCGGCUUCUUCACGACCUUCGUCAAUCCAAUUGGCAUCAAGGAGGCGUCGUGGAGGUAUCUCAUCAGCUACUGCGUCUGGCUCGCCUUCGAGGUUGUUUUUGUGUACUUUAUGUUCCCUGAGACUGCGGGACGUACGCUUGAGGAGUUGGCUUUCUUAUUUGAAGACAAGGCUCUUGCCGACCGGGCUGUUGGUGCUGUCGAGAAGGUCAUCCAUCAUGAUGAUAUGGACACUAUUGGCGAGGUCAAGAGCGGAGGCGGCAAUACUGAAGUGGUUGAGAAUGUCGGUGCUAAAUCUAAAGUCUGA